AUGACGAGUUUCUCACUGAACUUCACGCUGCCGGCCAACACGACUUCCUCCCCAACUGCUACAAGUGGGAAAGAAGCAGACUGUGGGCCCUCUCUUGGAUUAGCAGCAGGCAUCCCGUCCCUGGUGGCCACAGCCCUGCUGCUGGCUUUACUAUUUAUGCUGAUCCGCCGAAGAAGAAGCAGCAAUGAGUCCACCGAGGAAAGUGAGAGACCAUGUGAAAUUUCAGAAAUCGAUGACAAUCCCAAGAUUGCUGAGACUCCUAGGAGGUCACCCACACAUGAGAAGAAUCUGAUGGGAGCAGAAGGAACCCACAUAUAUGUGAAGACUGUAGCAGGAAGCAAGGAGCCCAUGCAUGACCCUCACCGUCCUACUGUCGAAAUGGAGAGAAGGAGGGGAUUGUGGUGGCUUAUGCCCAGAUUGAGCCUGGAAUGAUGCAGUUUGGUCAAGGAACAGAUCUAGAGCUAGAGCAGAGCUGAAAACCCAGGGAUCUGUGCUCAGAGUGAGGAGAGAUACUAAGCUGCUUCUUAACCAAUCCAAAUUUCCUUUGCAGAUCUGGAAAACAUUUGGGUUGGUUUGUCUCUGUAGGUGAAAGAGCUAAGGACUCAUUCCAACAUUCAGAUCUUGUUGUUUAAUAAGCAGUGAAGCACCAAGUGAGGUCCAGAAGGAGCCCUUUGAUCCUAGUCUUGACCUAUGCUUUUCUUUAUGAUUUUGGGAAAGGGGCUUGAUUUCUGUGUGUCUUGUCUUAUCAUCUUUUUUCCACAUCUCUUUUCUCAAAAAAACAAACAAAAACAAAACAAAACAAAAAAAACAUCACACCUGGCUUCCAUGGGAAGGUUGGCCAGGGCUAACAUUGUGCAAGUUGGGAUAUAAAUAAAACUUAAAGGGGAUGUUUGAGGGAAAGCAAUUUCUUAUUUCUGAACAUCUCAAGGAAGAAAUCAUGUGGAGUCAUACGUUCCCUGACCACAGGGGUAGCACAUAGAUGGAUCAUUCACUGCUCCCAUUUGUGUUUGUGAUCAGAGAGUACCUAAGGAAGGGGAU